CGGAGCAGGGCUGAGCCCGCCGCCCGCAGCCCCCGGCCCUCUCCGGCCCAGCCAUGGCGAAGCAGUACGAUGUGCUGUUCCGGCUGCUCCUCAUCGGGGACUCUGGGGUGGGCAAGACCUGCCUGCUCUGCCGCUUCACCGACAACGAGUUCCACUCCUCGCACAUCUCCACCAUCGGUGUUGACUUUAAGAUGAAGACCAUAGAGGUAGAUGGCAUCAAAGUGCGGAUACAGAUUUGGGACACGGCAGGGCAGGAGAGAUAUCAGACCAUCACAAAGCAGUACUAUCGACGGGCCCAGGGAAUAUUUUUAGUCUACGACAUUAGCAGCGAGCGCUCUUACCAGCACAUCAUGAAGUGGGUCAGUGAUGUGGACGAGUACGCACCAGAAGGUGUCCAGAAGAUACUUAUAGGGAACAAGGCCGAUGAAGAGCAGAAACGGCAGGUGGGAAGAGAACAAGGGCAGCAGCUGGCUAGAGAGUAUGGCAUGGACUUCUACGAAACAAGUGCCUGCACCAACCUCAACAUUAAAGAGUCCUUCACGCGCCUGACGGAGCUGGUGCUGCAGGCGCACAGGAAGGAGCUGGAAGGUCUGCGGACGCGUGCUAACCACGAGUUGGCCUUGGCGGAGCUGGAGGAGGAGGAAGGCAAACCCGAGGGCCCGGCAAACUCUUCCAAAACCUGCUGGUGCUGAGCAUCCUGCGUGGAGCACCCCCGCACAACCCCCCUCUCCCCGCAGGAGGCCUGCGGGCACAAGGGAGCCUGGGCCUCACCCUGCUGCCCCUCUCCUUCGGGUGACCCUGCGGCAUGUUGGCCGCUGCUCCUCCUCCCCCUGCCUGGCCCCGGGGAGCAGCCUCGCCCCCAGCCCUCCACCUGGGGGGGCCCCGCCAGCCUGUGUCCCCAGCCACAGGCCUGCUGCGAGCCCCCCGAUGUGUGACAAGCACGUCUUCACUGCCUGGAGCUCCCAGGCGAUGCCCGAGUCUGGAGUCAAGGCCACUGUAGGUUCCUUGUCUCUCGGCGCGUCUGGUCUCCUCUCCGCUGUUUCUCGCUUCUUCCCACUUCUCUCUCUGUCCCUUCUGCUCAGCUGUAUUUGUAUGGAAGCCCUCACCUCCCCACGCCUGUGUGUCCAGGUCCCUGCUGGGGCAGCGCCUUCCCCUUCCUCCUCACUCAGGCCCAGGGCCACACUCCCCCUGCUCUGCUCCCAGGAGAAGCCCCACCUGCAGCCCCCGGAGCUGUUUCCAUCUUCCCCGGCCACCACCUGCCCCUUCUUGUGCCACGGGCCUGCCUCCCGGUGACCAGGCAGAAAGGAAAGCGAGGGAGGAAGGAAAGCCCUAACUGGUGGUCCCCACCUCGGGGCUCUCCUCCCUCCUACCCCAGUUUACCCCGCACUUGGCUGCCCGCCCACCUGCCUCCUGGGGGACCUGAGCUCGGAGACAGGUGCUUCAGAGGAGAAAAAAAAAUGAUGAGGGGUGGCAGGGAUUAAAAAGUCACCUCCAUUCUCUACCUCCUGUACCCGCUGGGCUCCUGAAUUUAAAGAUGUGGAUCAAGACCUGUGAGCACUGCAGGGGUGAGGAGAGCCUCCCCACCCUGGGGCCAAUCACACACUGCAGGAAGGGGAGUGUUUGGAAGAGAAGGGCCAGCUCCUAUAAGUUAAGAGCUGGGAUAGCAGUUUGCAAACCAGAGAGGAAUUGGGCAGUAGCAGGGAUUACUGGGCCCCAUCUUCCAUUUCUUAUGUAAGAAGGGCAUUUCCCCACCAUCCCCUGGCAGGUGACGGAACAAAACCAGGCUGGUGGUCUUUCGUUGAGCCCAGCCUUUGGCUCUUAAGGUUCUCCCGAGACCCAGAGUCUGUGGGAGAAGGGUGGGAGCACGUGGGCAGGAGGCAGGCAAGCCCUGGGUAGGAAUGUGUGGUGCUCUCCCUUCAGCCUUCAGGAUCAAGUGCUCAUCUUGUUCCUUGAGCUCCUGAGUCAGAGGCUCUUGGGUUUGCCAACUGCUCCGUGGCAACAGGUGGGGGGAAGCGGAUUCCCUCCUCCAGGGCCCUUUGUUUCAGGAAGAAGUUAACUCCAUACAGUCCAGAGUAGUUGUCAGGAGGCCCUUUGAGGGGGGAAACAUGUCAGUUAGCAGCCCUAGGAGGGCUUCUACCUUCCCAAGAUGGGAGGAGGAUCGGUCAUAAGCUGUGAGGCAUGGCUGGUGCUGGAGCAAAAACAAAGAACUAGGCAUCGCACAUUCACCAGUUGUUAAUAAGAACUAACGUCCAGGACACAUGUGUGAAGGAUUAAGAGCCCCACCGACUCCUCUGGAAAAAAAGGUGAGGGAUGAAAUCGCCAAACCUUCCCUCCUGAUUCUUAAUACCACAUCAGGAGAGGGCAGCUCAGGAUGUAGGGACAUGGGACAGGUCCCUAUGUUGGGAGGAAAAAGAAAGCCAGAGUAAUCAUAAUUGUCGGCUGAUGAGAAAUGUGAAGAGCUAACUCUCUAGGAUGAAGUCACGACCACAGCUGAGAAUGCUUCCUUGAGGACUUGACUCCUCAAACAUCUAGACAUGGGCAGCAUCAACUCUGGGGUGGGGGGUCGGCAGUGCCAGCCCUCGGUGUGCCCUCUACCAGGGACCUGAGGGAGGGGGCGUUUAUGCUGGCUGUUGGCUCCAGCCUGUGGGUCAGUCGCCACUUCCCUGAAGAUCUGGCCGAGCACCAUUGCCUUCCUCUCUUAGCCCCCUCAGGAAAGGGACUGGAUUUUUACUGUGCCCUAGGGGUUCUGGAAGGGAAACCUUGGGGUUGAGACUCUAUGGCCUGAGAAGCCGCAUCCACGGGGCCACUGCUGGGGAGAGGUAUGGGGCAGGAGGGGCGCUGGGGUUUUAGGGUGCAGCUAGGCUCACCAGGUACGAGAGGCGGCCUGGGCCCUGGCCUUAGACUGUUGAGCAGGUGCGCCUGCCUGUGGACUCCUGACCACGCCUUCACCUGCCGUCUUGAGACUCAGCGCCGCCCCGACACCCAUUCCUGAGCCCCACCUUCUCCUGUGACGGGUGAACUUUCGUGUGCUGUGUCUCGGGUCCAGUAGAGGAAUUGUGAGCAGGGUUCAUCUAUUUUAAACACAGAUGUUUACAAAAUAAAGAAU